AUGCCCCAAAUCUCUCCCCCACAACCCAAUGCAGUAACAAUGAAAGCGGAUCACGAAAGUCAUGCCAUUUCGUUCGAGGGCUCCAUCAAAAUAUACAACGUGCACAGAUCAAUCCGGGCGACGUACCUCGACCACCCGUUCGCCAUAAACACCCAAUCGUUCGAUAUCACUGGCCCGGACCUUAGCGAAUUUGGCCAUGACUUAAAUGUCGGACAAGUAUAUUCAAUAAGAGGUGAUGUCAUGAUAAAUUACGAUGGCGAUACAGUUUGGGAAAUCAACCCAUUACUUGCAGCAGUCACGUACCCCGUCCUCUCUCCUUACCCUCACGAUAGAUUAAUCGUCAAUGUUUGUGGCGCUUUGAUGGAACUACUCGAGUAUUGGGACCACGACUGUGAUGCUGCCGCAUAUGUCGAGGAAUCCGAGUAA